GCCGCGGCGGGAGAGCGGGGCACGGCCGGGCGCUGCCGCUGCUCCGCUCUGCCCGCUCCUAGGCAGGGGCUCAUGGAGGAGGCCCGGCGCCGCCUGAGGGAGUUCGAUGUCGGGGACAGGUUCUCCCACUUGCCGCUGCCCAGAGCCGCCGUGCUGCUGCCGCUGACGGUGCGGGAGGGCCGGCUGCACCUGCUGCUCACCGUCCGCUCCAUGCAGCUGAGAAGAUCACCGGGGGAAGUGUGUUUUCCAGGAGGUAAAAGAGAAGCCACUGAUAAAGAUGAUAUUGACACUGCUCUCCGAGAAGCUGAAGAAGAAGUGGGUCUUCAGCCAGAGAAGGUGGAAGUCAUCUGUAGGCUGAUGCCUGGAAUUGAUAAAAUGAAUAACUUGGUGACACCAGUUGUAGGAUUUAUAGAGGAUACAUUCCAGGUCACUCCUAAUCCAGAUGAAGCCAUGGAAAACUUCGGGAUACAUCAACAGGACUGAAGUUUGUCUUGGUUAUCAAACCUCACUUGGCUGCUGGCAGGAGUGUUCUCCAGGAAAGAAAAGUGGAGGUGAGGAUUCACGAGGACAGAAAUGCUUAUCUGUAGCUGACCAGGCACCCUGGCAGUGUCAGACACGUGGUGUUCCUUGUGCUAGAAAUCCUUGUUCCCUCAUUGCUGCUGAACUAGCAGCUCUUUCACAGUGGUCAGGACUUUACUGCAAAUAAUGAUGUUUUUAAAAGCUCCAGUGAUUUAGUCUGGAUUCUGCAGUCUGGAGAUCUGCUGCACAGCUCCAGGUGUCACCAGGCCUGAACAGCUGAUCUGAACCCCAGGGUGAGCUGAAAGCAUUUGGUGUCCCUCAGAAUCUUGUGCCUUGUUAUAAACGAGGCUGGAGACUUUUUGAUGUAAAUUAAAGCCUGGCCUGUUUAUUAAGACUGAGCUGCAGCCGAAGGGGUUUGCAGGCUAAUCCCGGGUGCCUCACGCUACAAACCAGGAUAGCAACAAAGGAUACAAAUGGGUUCCCCAGCAGAAGAAGUCCCUGCUAACCCUCAACACCCUGAUUUAUACCCUCCCUUGGCCCUGGAUUGGUCACUUUCUCGGGCUCUGAUUGAUCCAUAGCCGUGUUCAUCCUGGUCCAGUCAUUCUUCCAGGACGUUGAAUUACUGGUGGAUGUUUCUUCCAAUCAUUACUCACGGUGGUGACAACAUCUUCAUUACUUCAUGUUCUCAAAUGUUCUAUUCCAGGCAUCUGACACAUCUUCAUUACUGACAGCAUCUUCAUUACUUCAUGUUCUUGAAUGUUCUAUUCCAGGCCCCCAUAAGCCCCCUUAUAUUUCUUAGCAAUCCCCCAUUCUAUCCAUCUGACCCCAAUCCAGUCUCACCCUGAAUAUUCCAAAGUCUUUAACAAUCCUAGCAACCAUCAUCUUAACAACUUUACAACAUAAUUAAACAUAGUUAACUUUUAUUCCUUAUAACUUGCUAAUUCAUAACAUCAAUUAACCUUCCAAUAAUAACAACUUUAAUUAACCUCCCAAGCUCAACAAAAAGAUCACUUAUAACAUGCCUGAGCAUAAGGCUCCAGUAAGAUGAAGAAAACCCCUCAGCUUCUCCCAUGGGUGUUUGCACUUGUGCUGCCCCUGCUCCAGUCACUAGCAGAUGCAAGUGUGAUAAAUAAAAGCUGAUGGCCAUUACUGUGCACAUACAGUAACUGCCAUCAAACCUUUCAUAUUCCUAUAGUAGCUCUUUCAGCUAAUGUUAUGUUGUUAAUAUCCUGCUGUCAUUAUGUUUGAUAUCAGUUGAUUUUUUAAGUUAAAAGAAAAAAGGACUUGGUUUUUUUGACUAGGAUGCAAUCCUUGGAGAAGUAUGUUGGAAUCCAUAAUAAUAGUCUGAGUCCCUCAGAGAAAGAAAAGAAUUAAAAUACAUUAAACCACAUAGAUAUGAAGUAAGAGUGUAGGUUUUAGUUUUAUGUAGGUAAAAAUAUAGCUUAAGUGCCUUAAGAGUCCGUGUUAGCUAGUGAAAGGCCUAAAGGCCUAGUUUAAAGUUCAGUGAUACUACCUUUCACAGAUGUAACUUAGCUCCAGACACAAUGAAAAUAUAGUAAGAACAUAGCUUACAUUUCUAGAUAGAACAGAUAGAACUAUACACAUAAAUAAAAUUAUACAGAUAAUACUCUGUAUGUAGGAUUUAGGUAAAACUACUACUGCUUUUGUGAGUUAAGAAUUAAGCUUAGAUUGGUUUUGAAAGAAUGUUUUAGAAUCAUGUUUUUAGCUGACUGGAUGAUUUACAAAUUUAAUCCCCUCUAUUGGGAAAACCACACACACACCAAGAAGAAGAACAGCAGCAGCACCAUCAUCAUCAUCACCAAGAAGAACUACUACAACUGCUUCUGCAGCCCAGAUCAUAGAAUCUCUAUGCUGGGAAGCUGCUGCCCAGGACAUCAGGACUUUGUACCAGAGUGCUGCUGCUGCUGCUCAGAAUUUGGACUUUAAGCCAAAAGCUUUUAGCACAGACUUUAACUCUCUGAACUCUUUGCU